AUGCCAUGUAUUCAUUUCUUUUAUUUUUUCAUUCUUUACAUUCAUUCAUUCAUUCUCAUCUUUUAUUACUUAUUAUUUCUUUUUCAUUCCUACCUUAAUUCAUUCUUUUUUUUCCUGGUUUCUUUUACCCCUUUCUCUUCUUUUACCCUUUUUUUUCAUUCUUUCUUUUUCAUUAAAGUUUGUAGUCCCUCUGUGUUAGAUCACUAUCUCAUUGAAAAGUCCCUCUUUCCUUCUUGCUUCUCCCUCAGAUCUCGUUUUCUCUCGCAUACUCUCUUUCUAGGUCUUCUUUAUGUCACUUUCAUAUUCCUUUCUCGCGAUCUUUUUCUCUUUUCAUUUCACCCCCUCCUUUACUCUUUUCCCUCUUUUUCCCCCCUUUUUUUUUUUUUUGGUCUCUUUCCCCAUUUCUGGUCUCUGGCUUUGUUAGUUUUCUCUCUCUUCAUCUUUCUUUCAAAUCUUUUUUUUUUUUUUUUAUCUACUAGUCUCUUUCUGCUAAGUUUUUAUUUCUCUUCAAAAUUCUCCCUUUCCUUCUCUCUUUCAUUCUCUAACAUUUCUCUCUCUCUCUCCUUCUCACAUUUUCUAACACUUUUUUUCUUAUUCCUUCACCCAUUACUCUCUCUCUCUUUCCUUUUCAUUCUCCCCGUGACUAUCAGUGUUUUUCUCUUUCUGAAUCUCACUACAAAAUUCUCUUUAACUUCUUUGGAAUUUACUCAUCCUCUUUUCCCCUCCCUAAUUAAUAUCAUUGAUUUCUCUCUCUCUCUCUCUCUCUCUCUCUCUUUAUUACUCAAAUCCCUCACUUUGAUCUUUAUAAUUCUCUCUUGUUCUACCCCUCUAUUUCUUUCUCUUUCACCCUCUCUCUUUUCCUUUUCUAUCUCUCUUGUUCUCUUCCUAUCUGUUUCACUUCUUAUCUCUUUCUCUUUUUUCUAUCUUUUUUCUCUCUUCCCUCUCACUUUUCUCACCCUAUCUCUCUUUUUUCUUCUUAUUCUCUUUCUCUUCCUGUACCUCAUUCCCUCUCUCUUUCCCAUUUUCCAAUCUUUCUAUUUUACUUCCUACCUCAAUUCCUUCCCUUUCUAUCUGUUUCUCUCCCUUUAUCUUUUCCCUCUGCCACUUUCCUUCUUCCCUCAUCUUUCCCUCUUUCUCUCUAUGAGUUUAAUUCCACAUUUUCUCUCUCACUUUCUCUUGAAAAUUUCUAUUACAUUUCUCAAUGAGAUUCCUUCUCACCCUCUCUCUCCUUUAGAUCUAAUUCAUUUUCUCUUUCUUCCUCUUUUUAUUUCCUGUGAUGAUGAUGAUGAUGAUGAUAAUGAUGAUGAUAACACCUUUUUUUUCCUCUUCCUCAUCUCCUCUCUACUCUUCCAUACUUCAAUUCUUCUUCUCGUUUUCUUUUCAUUCUUGCCUUUUUAA